AUGGCGCCUCAAAAGCAUGUCGCGGAUGUCCCGCGCAAUAUUUUUCCCCGCCUGAGUUGGAACAGCUCCUCUUCACGUCCAUCCGUUACCAUCACCCACCAUUCCGCACUUGCAACAAAUCAAAGACGACCACUUUCUCACGGCCGGAGUCUUUCGAAACAACAAUCUAAUUCCCUCAACGCACAUCAGUCUUCCCGGCUCAUCUCCACAUUGACCAGGAAUUCUAUCUCCGGAUAUCUCGUUUCCCGAGGGACCUCUAUAACUACGCCGGCGACGUCCACAACCCAGCGCGGCAAUCCGAUCCGACACAAUGGUGUCUAUGUGGCUACCUUCCAUCCCGCUCGCCGCGCCUUUCAUGCGACACCAAUUCGGCCACGCGAACAUCACUUUGAUACCCUGAAAUUCGUGAAGCGUUUACAGGCGGAGGGCUUCAGUGAGGAGCAGUCCGUAGCUAUGAUGCGGGUAUUGAACGAUAUUAUUCAAGAGUCGAUUCAGAAUUUGACCAGGACAAUGGUCCUCCGAGAAGACUCGGAGAGAUCAACUUAUGAACAAAAAGUGGAUUUUGCGAAAUUGCGCUCCGAGUUACUUAACACAGACUCGACUGAGGCACAGUUGACCCGUUCGUCACACGAGAAGAUCGCUGCAGACCUCGCCAAACUCAACUCACGACUCCGGGAUGAGAUUGGACGAACACAAGCCUCGGUCCGGUUGGAUCUGAACCUUGAAAAGGGUCGGAUUCGUGAGGAGGCAAAUAGCCAAGAAAUGCGUAUCAAGGAGACUGAAACGCGAAUUGAGCAGGAGGUUGCAGGAUUAAGGGAACGAGUGGAGGCUGUCAAGUUCUCGACUCUGCAGUGGCUUAUGGGUGUCUGCACAGGUACCGCCGCACUUAUUCUUGGUGCCUGGCGCUUGUUUAUGUAA